GGCUGCGAGGAUUAUUUACCAUCACACACUGUUGGCAAACGUAACUUCCUUUUUUACUCUUUGGUAGAAAAAAUUAAAUAAAAAUAAAAUUGCUGCACACUGAAGGCAGAAAUUAAAGAAAUUGUAAAAGCGGCAAAGAAGUUUGACGUCAUUUACUGAGGGUAAUUCACUGUGACCUCAGACCAUGGCCUACACUCUAGGUUCGACCACUGAGGAGCAGACGCGCAGUGUCGGACCCCAGCACUGCGUCACUCGGGUGGAGCUGUCCGUCACCGCAAGCAGCCUGCUGGACCGAGAUGUAGCCUCCAAGUCGGACCCGUUCUGUGUUCUCUUCCAUGAGGUGGAUGGAAACUGGAUGGAGCUCGGCCGCACUGAGACAGCUGUGAACAACCUGAACCCAGUGUUCGGGGUGAAGUUUCAAGUGGACUACCACUUUGAGGAGAUCCAGAAGCUUCGCUUUGCCUUGUUCGAUGAGGACAAGUGUGCCACACAGCUCUAUGAACAUGACUUCCUGGGAGAAUUCAUUUGUACACUGGGAGUGAUUGUGUCCAAUAAGAAACUUCACAGACCGUUGAUCUUAGCCAAUGGGAAGCCAGCUGGCAAAGGGUCUAUUAUGAUAACAGCUCAGGAGCUGUCUGACAACAGAAUCAUCACUUUGACCCUGAGUGGGCGUAAACUGGAUAAGAAGGACUUCUUUGGGAAGUCAGACCCCUACCUGGAGUUUCACAAACAGGGAGAAGACGGCACAUGGAUGCUGGUGCACAGGACAGAGGUUAUAAAGAACACUUUAGAUCCAUCAUGGAAACCCUUUACUGUGCCACUCAUUUCUCUCUGCAAUGGAGAUGUGGACAGAAACAUCAAGGUCCUGUGUUACGACUAUGAUAAUGACGGAGGCCACGACUUCAUAGGAGAGUUUCAAACCACGGCUGCCAAGAUGAGCGAAGCCCAGAACUCAGUAGAGGUGGAGUUUGACUGCAUCAACCCCAAGAAACAGAAGAAGAAGAAGAAUUAUAAAAACUCAGGCUUUAUCAUUGUCAAGUCAUGUAAGAUAACAAGAGACUACACUUUCCUGGAUUACAUUUUGGGAGGAUGCCAGCUCAUGUUUACGGUUGGAAUAGACUUUACAGCAUCUAAUGGGAACCCUCGAGAGCCGUCCUCCCUCCACUACAUUAACCCACUUGGCAGCAACGAGUAUCUCGCUGCCAUUUUAGCUGUGGGACAAAUUAUACAGGACUAUGAUACCGACAAAAUGUUUCCUGCUCUGGGAUUUGGAGCCCAACUCGCACCAGACUGGAAGGUGUCACAUGAAUUUGCCAUCAACUUUGACCCUACAAACCCCUUCUGUUCAGGUGUGGAGGGUAUUGCACAGGCUUACUCUGCCUGUCUUCCUCACAUUCGCUUUUACGGCCCAACCAACUUUGCUCCAAUCAUCAACCAUGUGGCCCGUUUUGCUGCCCAGGCACUUCAACAAGAAAAAGCAGCGCAGUACUUUAAUCUCCUCAUUAUAACAGACGGCGUCAUCAGCGAUAUGGACGAGACGCGCGACGCCAUCAUACAGGCGUCUAAACUACCCAUGUCCAUCAUCAUCAUUGGCGUGGGCAACGCAGACUUCGCUGCCAUGGAGUUCUUAGAUGGAGACGCCAGUGUCUUAAGGUCCAGCACAGGAGAGGAGGCUGUUCGGGACAUCGUGCAGUUUGUCCCUUUCAGGGAUUUUCGAAAUGCGCCAAAGGAGACCCUCGCCAAGUCUGUCCUGGCCGAGCUGCCUCAGCAGGUCACCCAGUACUUUAAACAGCGGAAUGUUCCGCCUGCCAACUCAGCACCAAAGUGAGGCGGCCCAAAAGACGAGAGCCCACACGCUGUACAAUAGCUCAACAAAACCUCUCUUCUCAUUAAUGGCAAACAAUACAGAAAGAAAGUGUGUACAUCAGCUGUUAACAAAAUGAGUUGUGGACAAAAAAAAUCAAACAUUGAAGACAUCUCUGCCAUUAUGAAAUUGUUACUGGUUUAAGAAUGUUUGGUCCAGUGUGAAUUCAUCAGAAGUGAUUUUCUCUGUUUCCUUACCCUUUCCCACACAUGAUGAUAAUGUGUUAGGGACCUUGCAUGUGAUGGCAGGAGUCUCCAAAUGAUAUGGAUAUAUUUAAAUAUACAGGUGAAGUUGGCCUAUUUUUGGGGGGAAUAGAAAGAAUCUUGAUUUGUCAGGAUGUAAGUUAUUUGGGGUUUUUGCAUGUGUGUGUCUUGUGAUUGAUGCCACGUGAUACCUACAACUCCUUGGUGUAGAGUCCCUUCUGAAAUACAUCAGUGUUUGAGUGCCCUCACGCUCUGUAGGAGCCCCUUUACGGUAGCGAGUCAAAGGCAUGUGCUUUUGUGAUCACAUGUGGCCGACUCACAGACUGAGCCUGAACAGAGCACUAUUUCUUCAGUAGGAGGUUUUUAUUAUAACGUUUUGAUCAGCAGUCAUGUGAAAGGGGGGUUUUAAUGCUCAACUAUGCUAAUUUGAUUAAAGAAAUAGAGGAGGAAGUGGCAGCUGUAGCACUAACGCAGGAUAGAUGCGGGACACUGUUAAAUAUGGGGCCAUUUUGCUAGCUUCUGCAAAAUACAUGUAUUUUUGAUGACUUCAGUUCAUCCUGCAUGAUGCCAAUAUCUACUUACUGUUUACAAACUGAUGCUGAUGAUUACAAACGCAUGCAUUUUUAUUUAAAAUUAUGUAUUUAUCAGAUUUUGUAAAUAUUUAAAUGAGAUUCUGUUGAGAGGGAUUGACAUGGCACUGAGAAGGCUGUCAUAGUUUGUGAUUGGAAGCAGAAGAGACGUUUCUGAUAUGCAUAUUUAUCGAAUGUAUAUUUAUAUGAUGCCGUCCAUGUUCUGAUAAGCCAAUGUUUCUGAACUGUUUUUAUGUACUUUUUAUGCAGUGCUGAGUUGUGUUCUUAAACUACUACUACUCCUGUGUGUAUUUAUGUGCAUCUUUGAACAAAAUGUGUUGCUAUUUAUUUUAUAAAGUGUCUAUGUCCACACUCAGGUUAAUAAACUGAUGAAAAUGG